AUGGUCCCUCCACCCAGACCGGGAACAUUCUCGCCAAACCCAGGAGCACAACCCAUCUACACUGGCAUUUCGUCCCACUCUCCCCAUAACUCUCACGCCGGUGCGCUGAGUGCGGCUGCCAGCCCAAGUACGAGCAGCCCCACUGGGUCAAACUCCCUGACCAAGAUUGCAGUCGCCCAGGUCUACCUUCUUCUGAGCACCAUCAAGGAAGACAAGGACGAUCCUCGCAAGUGGGAGUCACAAAUCGAGUCUCUACGGAAGCUGCUCGAUGAACACGGCAUGGAUGUCUUUACCAGAUACUUCGCGCGACUGGUGGCCGCAAAUGCCUCACAGAUAUUCCCCGGUCCUAACAGGCCGGUAGCAAACCCGGGAAACUACCAUCUCCUCGUCGCCGAGAUGCGGAAGCUGUCCCGAGACUUCUCCCAGGCAAGGAAGAUCGCCGAAUCGAUCGAGACGGGCACCGAGGACAUCUUCCGUGACUUUGACCUAUCCACCUUUAUGGAGCAUUUCCAGCUGGAUGCUCUCGAGAAGACGCUGCUGGCCCUCGCCUUUAAGCUCGGGCUCAGGGCCGACCUCAAGGCCAGAGCGGAUGCUAUUUUGUCGACUAAUUUCCCAUCCUUCGUAAACAUUUUGAGCCGGCCGACCGGAGAUCAUGCCGACCUCGAACCCGAUUUCGUUGCCGAGCUUCUCGACCGCUUCAUCCAGUGCCACCCCCCCAACUUCAACGCCGCCGCCAAGCGGGAGUUGGAACACAAGGUGCAGUCCAGAUAUGCCCAGUCCCCCGAUUCCAAGCCGCCGCCAUCCCAGGUGCUCGCCGCCCUCGACCUGGUGCGUAUGCUUGCCGACAAGCCGCCCAAUGCCCUUGCGCUCUAUAUCCACCGGACAGGCGCGGCCUUCACCUCGGAUGAGAGGACCUGCACGGGCUAUCUGCAGAAUCGGCCGGCCAACGUCCAUCUCAGCGAGGAGCAAGUGUCGGUGGCCCUGAUGUACACCACCAUCAGCCAGACCCCGCGGCACAACCCUUCGGUCCUCGUGGCCGCCAUCAGGCAUAUUCUAUCUGACAGUUUCCGGUGGCAAGACGUCGUGUCGUACUUCGAUCACAGCGGGGCUCGGGUCACCUCGGCCCAGUUCUUGCGCCUGUACAACGCCCUGCUGCCGAUAGCACAAGAGGACAGUGAGAAAUUCAACAUUCAGCGGUUGUGGGGCGGGGAGUGGGAGAAUCCCGAAACACAGCUCUCUUUCAUCUGCGCCUUCGCAUCCCUCAAGCCGGAGCAGCUGGACGCAACGACCAUUCCUGACUUGAAACCCACCUUUACACUAGAGGAAUACGCGCAGUCACCACAGCCGGUACGGGAGACGGCAGCCUAUGCUGUCAAGCAUCCUCUCGUCUCCGAGGCUGCGCUUUCUGCGGUAUUCAACGUUGCACUGCACUCGAUGCACGCCUCGCAGAGCCUCGAAGCCAAGCGUCUCUUCCAAGACGUGGUCGUCCCGAAUCUGGCCAUAUUUGUCGUCUCGGCAUUUGGAGUACCGAAACCCUGGCCGGCCAUGGCUGAGGAUACGCUGGUCUCUCUGUUUGACAACUUCCUCCAGAGGACGCCGGAUGCAGACUUUGUCAUGGACAGCCUCUGGAGACGGGACAAGGAGUGGGUCAAGACAAGGCUCAUCGACGCCCAUGUCGGGAAGCCCAUCAGUUUGUCGCUCAUCUUUGAACAUGCAGUCCGGCAGAACUGGCUCGAGGAGUUGGUCUAUCUUCCCAAUGGGUUUGGGAUUGAUCUUGCCGCGUUGGCGCAUGCCGAAGGAUACCUCGACCUACAGCAGUGGGCGCGGAAGCACGCCGACCGGAGCGCCGAGAUGGCAAGGGCGCUUCUCCAGUUCUUGAUCAUCAAGGCAACGUACGAGAUGCAGUACCAGCGCCCUGCAGAAGGCCAGCCGCCCGUCAAGGCGCACACAACCCUGCAAGUCAGGACGGUCCAUGCACUACUGCAGAUCUUGGAGGAGUUCCUGCCCAAGACUCCGGUGCCCGACUUGAUCAUGGCGCAACGGACCUGCAUCACGGCCUAUCCAAGGCUGAUCAACUAUGGGGAAGGUUUUGACGACAUCAUCGAUGCCAACGGGCGCGACGGCAACGCACUGCCACUGGCCGCCAACGCCAAGAUGGAAGAACAUUACAAGAUGAUGUAUGGCGACGAGAUCCAGGUUCGCGACGUCGUCGAGAUCUUGGAGCGGUACAAGCGGUCUCGCGCUCCCUUGGACCAGGAUAUCUUUGCGUGUAUGAUCCACGGCCUGUUCGACGAGUAUACACACUACGUCGACUACCCUCUCGAGGCCCUGGCUACGACCGCGGUUCUGUUUGGUGGUAUAAUAUCCCACAAGCUGAUCUCGGAUCUGCCGCUUCAAAUCGGCUUGGGCAUGAUUCUCGAAGCCGUCAGAGACCACCAUCCCGACGAACCAAUGUACAAAUUCGGCCUACAAGCUCUCAUACAGCUAUUUAAACGCUUCCCCGAGUGGCCGGGCUUCUGCAAACAGCUGCUUCAGAUCCCAGGCCUUCAGGGGACAGAGGCGUGGAAGAACGCGGAGGAAGUGGUUCGGGAGCACGACGAGGAGCUUGCGCGCACCCGUAACGGCGGUCAUCCCCCGGGGAUACUUGGUGAUAAAUUGACCAACGGCAAUGUGGAUGACGGCCCUGGAUCGGAACAACACCCGCCACCGUUCGCCUCGGUCAACGUAGACCCGCCUCCGCAAGGCGUCCUCUACGAAGAUCCUAGUGAGGACGCCCAAGAUAAGAUCCAAUUUUUCCUCAACAACGUCACCGAGACGACGUUGCAAACCAUCAUCAAGGACAUCCGAGACAUGCUCGAGGCCAAGCACCAGCAGUGGUUCGCCAGUCAUCUAGUCGAGGAGCGUGCCAAGAUGCAGCCAAACUAUCACAAGGUCUACCUCGAGCUCGUCAAGCAAUUCGAGGACAAGACGCUUUGGGCGGUGGUCCAGCGGGAGACUUACAGUAGCGUCUCGCGCUUGCUGAACUCGGAAUUGACCCUCCAGAACUCGACCGAUAGGACGUACCUUAAGAACCUGGCCGGCUGGCUCGGGCUCUUGACCCUCGCGCGCGAUAAGCCGAUCAAGCACAAGAACAUUGCCUUCAAGCAGCUUCUUAUUGAGGCGCAUGAUACUAAGCGCCUGAUCAUCGUCAUCCCUUUCGUGUGCAAGGUUUUGCACCAGGGCGUCCACUCAAACGUCUUCAAACCACCCAACCCGUGGUUGAUGGACAUAAUUCAUCUAUUGAUCGAGCUCUAUCACCAUGCAGAACUGAAGCUGAAUCUCAAGUUUGAGAUCGAAGUGCUCUGCAAGGAAUUCAACCUGGAUUACAAAGCCAUUGAGCCAUCCGGGGAGAUCCUCAACCGAGCUCCCGUUGAGGAGGUGGGCGACAUGCUGGGGCCGGAGGCUCUCGAGAAUUUCGAGAACCUGUCCCUCAACGGAAUGCCUGGUGUAGGCAACUCCCUCGCAGCGCAUCCGGCUUUUGCGAUCCCGGACCUUGGGCCCAACCUCUCGAUUCCGCAGACCGAGGUCAUCAGCUCCGCUAAGUUGCACGAGAUCCUGCGUCAGGCCUUGACGCGCGCGUUGCAGGAUAUCAUCCAGCCGGUUGUUGACCGGUCCGUCACUAUCGCUGCGAUCUCGACACACCAGAUGAUCCGGAAGGACUUCGCAACCGAGCCCGACGACAAUCGGGUGCGGACAGCGGCAAUCAACAUGGUCAAGUCGACGGCCGGCAACCUGGCGCUUGUCACAUCUAAGGAUCCGCUGCGCGCGAAUCUCACCAACCACCUACGCAGCCUGUCCGCUGAUCUACAGCCGGGGUUGCCUGAGGGCAUCAUCAUGCUGUGUGUUAAUUCCAACCUGGACCUGGCCUCAAGCGUCAUCGAAAAGUGUGCCGAGGAGCGCGCUGUCCCGGAAAUUGAGGACUUGAUCGCUCCAGAACUGGAGGCCCGACAGCGCCAUAGACUCCAGCGGCCCUCCGAGCCCUACAUCGACCCUGGACUCAGUCGCUGGGCCAUGACAAUCCCUCAUCCGUUCAAGCUCCAGCCCAGCCUUAGCGGUCUCAACGCCGAGCAGAUGGCUAUCUACGAUGAUUUCGCCCGCCAGACGAGGGCGAAUGUCGCCGCCACCGCCCCGACACAAGGCCCGUCUGCGUCGGACAGCAGGACCAUAGCGAGCGAAGCCCUCGCUGACCAGUUCAACGCUGUUGCGAAGCUGCCGGCUCCUGCCGAGACCCCGUCCAUCCCCCACUUGGGCACGCAGUUGCAACACUACCCUCAGGCUCACGUCGGGUUGGCCAACGGGCGGCCGACCGGAAUCAACCAGAUCGACUCCCGAAGCAUCGCCGAGAGGGUCAACAAGCUCCUGGAACAGCUGUCGUCCACCGCUACCAACUCGUCCGACGAACACUUCAACGACCUUCCCAGGCCUCAUCCGGUCCUGGAUAUCGUCGAUGCCCUGACCCAGCUGAUCAUCACCACCCAGCAAUCCUCGGAAGAGUUUGCCGCAUACGCCGCCAACCAGGUCGCGCAGCUCCUCUUCCGCCAGCCGGAGGGCACGCUGCUGCUGGAGAGUUUGGUCCGUGUCCUUGAGACGCUUCGCAAGAUCGCGGGCCCUGUCAUCAGCGAACAGAUCCGCCAAUUGUUCCAUCAGCAGCCUGGUGAACUCUUCCUUAACCUGCCCCUGAUCACUGCGCUGCUUGGAACCGAUCUGCUCGACUGGAGAAACAUCGAUGCGGCGACGGCGAAGGUACUGCAACAGCGCAAGGAAGGGUCGAUCGACUUCCUCGAGCGGCUGAUGGAUCUCACGCUCCUGAAUGAUGCGCCGCUCGCGCUCUAUGCCGACUUUGUGCGCAGUCUGGAGGAAGCAUGGCAGUGGAUUACCGAAGAUCCGGACGUGCCGGCCGGAGCCCGCUUCAAGGCGAAGGUGUUGGCACCGCCGGCCGACCUGCCCGCUGGUCUCACCAAGGAGGAACUCAGCACUAUCCAGCUCGAUCAGAUGGACUAUGUGUUCGACGAAUGGAUACACCUCUGCAACAACCGCUUUGCCACGGAGAGGUCAUCCCAGAUCUUUGUGCAGCAGAUGCACUCGCGUGGGCUGGUCAGCAACAGGGAAGACUUCCUCCUCUUCACCCGCCAAGCGCUCGACAGGUCUGUCGAACGCUUCGAGCAGUGCGUCCAGUCCGGCGCCUCCGUGACGGAGGGCUACCAGGCCAUUGAGGCCCUGGUCAAGAUGGUCAUGAUCUUUGUCAAGGCCCAUCAAGACAACGAAGAGAAGGGUCGAUCGACGGGGGUUGCCUUCCUGGACUCGAUCCUCGCCCUCGGCGUGUUGGUGCUCAACAGCCAUCACGUCAAGCGAGGAGAGAGCUUCAACCAGCGCGUCUUUUUCCGCUUCUUCUCACUCAUUCUCCACGACAUCGCGGAUCUGGUGGGUCAUCUCCCGGAGAACGAUCAUCAGCAGAUCAUCCUGCGGUUUGCCGCCCGUCUCUUCGACCUCCGGCCGAUGCUGUACCCGGGAUUCCUCUUCGGCUGGACGGACCUCGUGACGCACCGCAACUUCAUGCCCGUGAUCCUUUGCCUACCUGAAGGGGCGGGUUGGGCGCCGUUCACGAAGUUGCUCACACAGCUCCUUUCGUAUCUGGGCGAACUGCUGAAGCACUUCAACGUGUCGGAUCUGGCGAAGGAGAUGUAUCAGGGGGUGCUGAAGCUGCUGGUUAUUCUCCACCAUGACUUCCCCGAGUACCUGGCUGCAAACCACGUGGAGCUGUGCCAGUGCCUCCCGCCGCAUACCACACAGCUCAUCAACUUCAUCCUGGCUGCAACCCCGGCCGCGUUCAACAAGCUCAACGACCCCUUUCAGCUAGGACUCAAGGUGGAUAGGAUCCCCGAGAUGCGGGAAGCGCCGCCCGACGCUUCGUUUGACUCGGCUGGCCUGCUGCGGGACAUCGGUCUGCUGGAUAUCUUGGACCAGGCGUUGAAGAACGGCCCGUCCGAGGAUGCGAUCGCGCAGAUAAACCACGCCAUCAGCAAGUCGAACGGCGAAGAGACCACGUUUGGCUUCGUCCCGGUCGCGGUGAACCGCCCCGUCAUCGACGCGGUGGUCGCGCAAUUUGCCCACUUUGCCGUCGCCCGCGCGGCUAACAAGACCGAUACGCCCAUCUUCGUGGCGGGCGCGUCGGACAUCAAAACGCUGCACAUGCUCGUCAGCGAGGUGUCGCCCGAGGUCAGGUAUUAUUUGUUGAACAGCAUUGUCAACGAGCUGCGGUUCCCGAACGCGUCGACCAACUACUUCAGCCACGCGCUGCUGGAGAUCUUUGGUCAGGACUUGUCGGACCCGGAGGAGACAGACAUCCGCCAGCAGAUCAUGCGCAUCCUCCUCGAGAGGGUGGUCGGGUACUGGCCGCAGCCGUGGGGCCUGAUGAUUACUACACUUGAACUGCUCAAGAAUGAAGAAUAUCGUUUCUUUGACCUGCCCUUCAUCAAGGCGGCUCCAGAGGUAUGCCCGCCCUCUUCUAUCUUAGUAGUCUGA